CUUCUCCCCUGUGUGUGCCCGCAAACGCCAGAGCUACUCGUAUCUGAAAACGCAGCUGUCUCGCUCGUCCUGCCGAAGGAGAUCCGCUCCCUGCCUGUGUGUCGAGUGGGUUCCGCCGCUCUGUCGAAUGCAGUGAAGGAGUGAGGCCGAGAUGGGGUCAAGGAGAAGCAGGGCCACCCGGAGCGGUGCCGCCCCGGUGCACUUCAACAUCAGCAAGGGCGAGGGGGCGUUCAAGGAUGUGUCGUCCCUCUCCCAACCCCUCCAGUGGGCGGCAUACCUCCUCCCCAUCGCCGUCGUGGCCCUCACCGAAGGCAUACAGCUCGUCGUGUGCGCCAUCCUGCGGUCGGCACUCAUGAGACACUACGCCCAGACCGACCGAGCCGCCAGCCUUCUGAGCGCCCUCCCGCUGGCCGUCUGGCUGCUCAAACCCUUCAUGGGAAUGGCUCUUGACGCCUUCGGCUACAUGGGGGAGUACCGGCGGCCUGCCCUCGUCAUGACAGGUCUCUCGGCGUUCCUGUCGCUGUCGUCACUGCUGUUCGUCAUCACCCACCCCACUGCCUUUGGCGACACCAUGCUGCCCGUCCUCUCGUCGGCCUUGUAUGCCUCAGCCGGCCUGGCGACGCUCACCACAGCGUCGGAGGCCAUCACGCUGCAGCGUGCGAGGCAGCAGACGGCCGGUGGGGCGGCCUGGACCUUCUCGGUGUCCAUGGCGGGCCGUGCUGUGGGCCUGUCCUUGGCGAUUUUGAUGUCUAGCCUUCCCCUGAGUGCUGCUGCCGAGAGCUCGGUUCUCGGGUUCGUGUCGCUGGUCCCUCUGUGCAUCAGCUUCGCGGCGUCGCUAUUUAACGAGAGGACGCUCUUGACGUGCGAUGGGGUGCCGACGAGAGCUGUGUCGAACCUCACCCUCUCCUUGGACAAGGAUGGCCUGCCCGUGCCAGCAGGUGACACACACACACAUGCCGCCGUAAGGAGAGAGAGAGAGGCAGGUCCGAUUUCCCUUCUAACGUCAUUUGUGGGUUGUGUGUUUCCCUCUCUGUGUGCUGUGCUGUCAGCUCCCCGGAGCAAGCCUCUGCGGGAGGUGUGGCGCUCCCUGAGCGACUACUACCGACACGUGGCGGUGGUGGGGUCCCUGACCUACCUCUUCCUUAUGGUGGCGGUCCCCGAUGUGCGCCCGCACAUGACGGAUCUGCUGGGCGAUCGGUUCAACUGGCCGACCGUACUCGACGCAUACCUGCCCUUCCUCGCGCAACUCGCCAGACUCGCCGGAGUGGCGCUGUUUCAGGUGCGUAGGUGUGAUGGUCGUCAAGGAGGAGACCGGAAGCAACAUAGAGUCAUCUCUUUCCCUCUCUGUCUCUUUCUCUCUGCGUGCGUCGGCGCGCGUGUGUGUGUGUGUGUUCAGGUUACUCUGUACAAGCUGCCCUUCCGCACUCUAGGAGGUCUGUCGACGGUGGCGUCCAUCCUGCCCAAGGCAGCCCUCGCCCUCCUCCUGCACCCCGCCUCCCCCCUCACCCUCCCAGCCCACUCGGCGUCAGGGACGCUCCAGUGGCUGCUCCUCAUCGAUACCGCCCUCUCAACCAUCGCGUGUGAGGCGCUCUUCCUGCGGCUGCUGCUGCUCGGCUGCCGGCUGUGUCCAGAGGGGCUGGAAGCGACCGGCUUCUCGACCGUGGCGGCUGUGAGCACUCUCGGUGCUUGGGCGGCGAGGGGCGGAGGGGGGCUGGUGAUGCAGCAGCUGGGUGUGGCGACCUGGGAGGGGCUGUGGCUCACACAGGUGGUCAUCAUGGCGGCUUACCUGCUGCCCACGCUGGCAGGGGUGCGGGUGGUGACCGAUGUGGAGGCCUACGACUUCUCGCCAAGCGAUGUGGACGACGACGAGUCGACUCGUGACCAUACCAGCAGUGGCGUCGGCUCCGAGACAUCGCCGCUGAUCCUCCCAACCCCCGAGGUCAACGCGUUUCACCACCACCACCACGGCAGCAGCAGACGCCCCUUCGCCGCGCUCACCCACUCGUCGGUGCUGUCGUCCCCCUCCUCCUGCACAAGCAUCAGCAGCCGGGACGACGACAUGAGUCCAUCGCCCCUCAAGGCCCCCGAGGUGCCGCAAUACGGGUCGAUGGCGGCCAACGACCGAAGGAAGCGGCCGCAGCGGAGCUCUGCGCGCAAGAGCAGUGGGAGAAGGGUCGGGGGCGAGGGCAAGGCUAACAACACUGAGGAGAGCAAUGCCGAUCAGCAGUGGGUGAUUGUCGAGGACACGGUGCCGCGAGGCAAAGCCUACCGCGGUAGCCACCACCACCACCACCACGCUACGCCGUUUGGGAAGUUUCCCACCAUUCGUGACGUCGACUGGGCCACCAAUGCGACACUGUGAGUGAGAGGGGGGAGGGAGGGAGAGAGAUGGACAUGUGUGUGUGUGUGUGUGUCUGUCUGGGUGCCUGUUUGUUUGGAUGGAUGGGAUGAGUGUGGG